AUGGCCACUGACAUCAGUCCCCGCAACCCCGACCAAGAACAAAGAAACUGCAAUCCCGGCUGGGCCCACUUACCGUGCUGGAGCCGCGCCUCCACCGGCCCGCGGCGUCACGGUCGGAGGGGACUGGGCGUGGCGGGGGCGUCCGGACCAGUCUCCGAGCUCAGAGACCUGCCGCCUCAGCGGUGCCCCCAGACCGGCAUCCGACCCUUCCCACCCCCCGCCACCAGCGCUUUGGCCUCACAGCCCCGGCUUCAUCCCGCUGCCCGCGCGCCCACCCUCCUGCUGGGGCGCUGCGCCGGACCCUCUAGCCCAGGCAGACUGCGGGCUCCACCGCCGCUGCCGCCGCCGCCGCCGCUGCGGAUGAAAAAGCAAACCCCUUGUUUUUGUUUUGAGUUUCCGACGCCCCCAAGGGGGCGGGGCACGUGA